AUGGUAACUCUCAUCAAUAGCAGCGGACCCGAUCCGUUGCCAACGCCUAAACAGAUCCGAUUCGUCAAUAAUCAAGGUCAACCACCUACCAAGAGAAGAAGGAUAAACGCCGCAUGCCUCACUUGCCGUAGGCGAAAGACGAGAUGUGCCGGCGAACACCCUACGUGUUCGACCUGCACCAAGAACGGACAUGUAUGCUUAGGAUACUCCGACGGUAUCGAGAAGAGUAUCAGUAAGAAGGAACCUGGCCGACGACCGGAUGGCACCAAUUUCGAUAUCGACGAAGACGAAUACGCAGACGAAGAACCGGAGGUCGAUCGCAAGCAAUGGAAGAACGGUAAAAAUGGAAUCAAGCAAUUCGAUAUGCCCGACGACUCCCCAAAGUCCUCUCGCAGGACAUCGGAACCGGAACAGGACCGAGUGAAGCUUGAUAUACAAUUAAAAUCGGAAAAUAUAGACUGGGAAGAACCUAGCUCGCAACCGACACCGCGUCCUGAACCACUCCGACGACCUAUCAAUCCUCGAAAUCCCUCGUUCUCAACCGAAGGUGGCCAUAGUGAGACUGGUCAUUCGCCGGUACAAUACCAUAAUGAGAGCCAUCGAGUUCCGUACUUUCGCUACUUCGGCCCGACCGCUAUAGUGCCAGGUUUUAAACAGAUGGUGGUUAAGGUCCGGGAUCGAAGACGUAGCUCCAUAUCGGCUACCUCACCCAGCGGUGCGAGUUCCAUAUUCUCCGGUCUCAUGACCUCGAUGCAGCAAGACGUUGAAUUAGGCCACCUAGACGAUAUGCCCAUUUACGACCCGACCGACACGAAUGAUGUACAUCCUCUGAUUAUCCAACUCGUCGAUACAUUCUUUAUACAUCUAGGAAGCAACUACCCCUUCCUACGUCGCGAGAAAUUCCCUAAGUUAGUUCAGGAGAAGCGAGUAGAACCCAUAUUAGUAGAUGCCGUCUGUGCUCUCGCAGCUCGGUUCUCCGAUAACCCCCUGUUUCGAAGGUGGAACGAAGGCAAGCUAGCUAAAUCGGAGUAUGGCUACAUAUAUGCCCAGCGAGCGAAGUCGGCAACCGUCGAUACCUUUCCAUGUCCAUCGGUCGCUGCUGUCCAGGCAUGUCUAUUGAUGGCAUAUGAUGGUUUCGGUGCCGACCAGGAUAGCGCCCUGUGGAUGUACUUAGGAAUAGCGAUUCGUAUGGCAGUAGACUUAGGCUUGUCUAAAGAAGAUGGUGUGCGGUAUCAGGGCGAGAGAGAUCCUUGGUAUGCACGCGGAUAUAACAGAAAGGAAGGCGACGACUUUGUCCAACCGAGUCAAGUUGGUGCAGAUGGGAACGUUCUCACUCCCGAGGAACAGAAAGAGGUUGAACAGGAACGGAUUGACACAUUUUGGGCCGUGUUCUUCUUAGACCGCGCCAUUUCCUCUGGUACUGGUCGACCUGUCACCCUUAAAGAUGACGACUUCGAACUGGAACUCCCAAAAUCAUCUAUUGAUCCUGUAUCCGGGUGGCCCGACCCAUUGGCAUCGUUGCUGCAGAUUAUUCAUCUCUAUGGCCGAGUUUCGGACGUGCUUAAUAACAUCACGCAUGCCCAAGACCUUACACAAGACAAGUUGAACAAGCUGUCUCAUAUGGAGUCGGAGCUCACAAGACUCCAUCAGAGGACUGAUCCACGCCUUCGGUUCGAUGCCAACAACUUUCAAGCUCACGUCAAGAAUGGCCAAGGUACAACCUUCAUACUUCUACACUUUUGGUUCCACGCUUUGAUCAUCGUCCUACACCAGCCGACGUUAUUAACGAAAGAGGGUACGAUCAACCGCUCGCAUCAAUUGAAGCCACAUAGUCGGGAGUUAUCUAUGUCGAGUGCCAAGACGAUUGCCGAUAUUCUCGCCUUCGCCGAAUUACUCGAUCCCAAAUGCUUUAUCGGCAAUCCAUUUACCUCCCAGCCUAUAUAUAUCGCAGCAUGUGCGUUCAUAAAGGAGUCUAAGUCUAGCAUGUCACAACCGGCUUCAAGAGACACAUCCCCUUCCCCCGAUGCAAAAGGCCAUGCAAAUAAGGCUCAUCCGGUUACGAUAGACCCGGGUCCGGCUUCGAGGCACCUCUUACUUGCCUCAGCCGCGAAUCAGAACUAUCAAGCUUGCUACAAAGCCCUAAAGCAGAUGCACACAUAUUGGGGAGGUGUUCGAUACAUAUUAACCGCACUAGAUCAGAAACUCGACGGUCAGUGGGACUGCGAGACUUACACGAUCGAGGAGUACGAGAGUGCCAGGCGUUAUCGCCAAAGCAGCGCCAUCGCCAGAUUCGCGAAACAAUUCGAAUACCCAUCCUCUCCAAUUCCCGACAACGGACCUCCUCUAGCAUGGUCGUUAACGGGUACGACCAAUUCGCCGAAUUCAAGCUUAACGCUACUCUUCCAGAACCCUGUGAACCCGAACGGCGCCAUGCCCACCCAAGUCCUCCAAUCCACCGUUCCCACCUCAGCCGCUCCUACAUCCGCACCUACACCGCCGGGAAACAUGAUUUACGACCCCAUACGCCAGAGUCUACCAGAGACCACGGCAUCCAUCUACCACCCCGCCUACCCGCAACCAGCCACAUCCGCAAUGCGGCACUCAAUAAACCGCUCGCGCCGCGUCUCCGGCGGUUCAGGAGCGCAAGGCAAAUCCUCAUAUCUACGCUACGAAAGCAUGUCCUCCCAAGACGACCUCAACAAGCCCAACUCCUCACAAGUAACCCUAAGCGUAGCGCCGACAUCCUACACGCCAUCAUCGCAGCAAUCGUACGAGCAAUCGGGCGGGAGCGGGUAUCCGACGAACGGGUCACCGGCAAGUAGUACGCAGAGCCAGAACAUGUCGACAUCAUCGACGUCAGACGGGCCGUCGAACUUCGCGCAGAGCGGGAGCGGGCUCGCUUCUAGCGGGUACUCGUACCUCGGCCCUGGCGGGGCGUCGAAUCUGCAUCUGCUCACAUAUGAUAAUGAGACGGACAUCGGACAGCAUUUGACGAGUUUUGAGAGCACGGAGAUGAUGAGCUGGUUUGGGGAGUAUUGGCCUGGGGAUAGUACGUGGUUGUUUCCCGGGGACUCGACGAUGUCGUGA